AUGUCAUUCAGCUUUGGGAACACCGGGGGGGAGAAGAAGACAGGAACCCUCUUUGGAAGCACGACUGCGCCUGCUGGAGGCCUUUUUGGAGGGCUUGGGCAGAACCAGCAACAGCAACAACAACAACAACAACAACCACAACAGACAUCAAGCUUGUGGGGCCAAUCGCAACCACAACAGCAACAGCAGCAACAGCCCCAACAACAGCAGCAGCAGUCUAACAACACCCUGUUUGGAUCUUCAUUGAAACCUGCGCCAGGCUUGAAUCCUGUCCAGGCCCAGAGUCUCCAGCAGACUCGUGAGGGACUUCCUCAGCUACGCCAGUCGACUGCACAGCCCUAUGCCGGUGCAUCGAUGAAUGGUCAUCGCGAGAAGUCUGUCCAGCAACAAAUCCAGGUGCUUAAUGGCAAAUGGGAUCCCGAGAAUCCUGACUGUGUCUUUCAGCAUUAUUUCUACAACGCCGUCAAGCCUGAGGAAGCGCCAUUCUACGGACCUCAGCCAGGGGAAGACGAGAGGAAAUGGGAAGAGGCUCUGUCGAAAAAGCCUGGCCCUGGCGCUAUUCCUGUACUUGCGCGUGGUUUCGAGCAGGUAGCUGAGCGCAUACGUCACCAGCAGAUGGCUGUGACUGCACUUCGUACACGCCUGCACGAGAUCAACAACAGCCUGUCGGUAUUAAAGGACACUCACGAGCUGAACGUUGCAUCGCGCAUUACGGAGGCGAAGCGAAAGCACAUCGUUUUCACACAGCGGACACUGGCACUGGCGACAAAGGUGCAGAUUCUGAGAAACCGAGGAUACGUGAUGGACACACAAGAAGAGGACCUCAGGAAGAAACUCAUUGAGCUCGAGAAGAAGACUUUCGAUCCCGUGCUAGGUGGACGACAGGAGGAGAUAUGGGCGCGCAUGUCAGGCGUCCGCGAAAGAGCGCGCAUACUGCAAGAGGAGACAGAAAUGCUGGGCAAGACUAUCGAGAGCCAGCAAAAUGGCGAGCUGCUUUCGGAAGAUGACCAGAAGGCUCUGGAGAAGUUAUUAAAAGACUACGACAGACAGCUCGAACACCUGAAGAAAUGGGUCGACGACACAAAGCACGAGUAUGACGAGUACGAGAAACUCCAAGAGCAGAAGCCAGCCAGACGAUGA